UGAUAACAUUGUAUCUUUAAUUCAAACAUGGAAGUACUUAUGAAGUUAAAAAAUGUUUUAGCACUCCUAUAAUUAUUUUACUGAAACAAGCAAUAGAUUCAUAUAUAUUUGCAUAUUUUUGUAAAAGCAUUUGAAAUUCGUACUCUAAAACUUCUAUGAUUUAAAAACAUGUGUUCAAAUUAAGCAGUAUCAUAAUACAAAGUGCAAUAAUUCGACAAUAGAUUGGAAUGUUUUGAAAUUCAAUCAACGGGGAAUAGACUAACUAAGGUUUGGUGCAACAUACCUUCGUUCGAUGAGAUGUCAGUUUGAAGGCUUUUGAGUAUGGCGACAGCACAAGUAUCACAAAAUCGAGUUUACCUCUUCCGACUCCAAACAUUGAUUAUAGAUGGAGGGACUACAGUCGUUAGGAAUAUAUUUGAUGAGAAGAGCGCAAAUGUUCCACUUAAUAUUCUUCUUCAUAACGAAAAGACCACAAUAAAUCGUCUUAGGGCGGGUAAAACAAUAACCCGGACACAAUUUGAUUUGCUGUAUCCACAGAGCGGUCAGUCCCCAACUACAGCUGACUUUGAUCUCACUCUGUCUAUAUGUUUGCUACGGAACCUGAAAUGUUGUGGUUUAAAUAAACAUUUUGCUUGGAAUGCGAUACCACAGGCAGGAGACAACUCACUUGAAGCAGAUAUAUGUCGAUUGAGAAUGUUCAGAAAUGAAAUAGCUCACAUUUCCUCUACGACUAGUAUCACGCAGAACACCUUUACGCACAAAUGGUUGGAAAUAGAGCAGGUACUCAAUCGACUGAAUACAUGCGUUCAAAAUCCUGUUCAAAAUCUACAACAACAAUUUAAUGCAUACAAAAAUAGUCCUCUGGAUGAAGAGGCUGAAAAAAGAAUAGAUGGGGAAAUUAAGAAGUGGCGAAAAUUUGAGAAAGGCUUAGAAAGUGAAGUGCAACUUGUAAUGAAAGACGUAAAAGAAGUAAAACACGAAGUUGGCAACGUAAAAGAAGAGGUACAUGAUGUUGCAGAAAAAGUUGAUGCUGUUCAAGAAAAAAUUGAUGAACUGGAAAAUGAAAAGAGAGCUCAAGGAGGAUCAAAGAAAGCAGUUGGAAAGGCGUCGAACUUCAUACAAAGAUUUUUCGAGAGAAGAGACAGGCGCCGGGAAGAGAAAAAGCUGAAAGACGACUUGGCUGCCUUCUACAAAACAAGAUACAGUACAAUACCACUGUCACCGCUAGUCGAGGGACACGACACUCCCCUUGUAGAUUUUUACAUUUUACCUGAAAUGAAUUUCAUUGACAAACAAAAAAAGCCAGGUGAGGAAGAGACUAAAACUCCAGUCGAAUCGUUGUCGGACGUAUUUAAGUCUGAAAACAGUUGUGAAAUAUAUUUAACCGCUGAUGCUGGAUUUGGAAAAACUGCAUUUUCAAAAUAUCUUGCUGUCACAUGGUGCCAGGCUCAUCGUCCCGAAAAGAAAUACAAAAAGUACUUCUCAGAAGAUGCGAUAAAGGCUAUGCGUGAUUUUGAGUUUUUGUUUCUUGUGUUAUUACGGGAUUCUUCUUAUGAUUGCAGCAUUGAUGAUUUGAUCAUGAAUCAAAUUAUACAAAAUGUGUCACGGUCUUCCGAAAUGACAAUAGAUUAUCUACAGGGAAUUUUGCACCGGAGAAAAUCUUUAAUUAUUUUGGACGGCCUAGAUGAAUGGAUCCAUCCUGAAAAGAAAUGUACCAGAGAACCAAAAAUAAUCCCUCAUCGUAAUGCACGUGAAAAGUGUGUAAUCCUUACAACGACAAGACCUUGGAAAUUAAGUGUUUUAAACCUUAAAACUAGUGAAAUAGGUAAGAAAGUGGAACUAGUAAAACUAACCUCUGAGUCAGCACAGAUAUUAGAGGAAAGAGCUAUUUCAAAAAUAAAGAAUCUGGAUAUUGCUGAAGCAAAACUCCUGGCCAAACAGUUGAAUAAAAAAGUCCAAGAAAAUAAACUCGAGGAUCUGGAAUCCGUUCCCCUUCUUACGAUGUAUCUCAUUUGUUUAUGGUGUGACAAUAUUCCACUUGGAAAAUCAAAGUGUGGGCUAUAUGCAAGCAUUAUUGAACUCCUGCUGUCGAGAACUAUAAGCAAACAUCUCGAAGUGGAACUAACGUGCGAACCCUCCCAGAGUGAUAUCCCACAAUGCUUCAGUGAACAUGAACAUUGUACUAAAUACAGCACAUAUCUGAAAGCUUUAGGACAAUUAGCAUUUGAAACAUUAUUCAGUGAAACAAAGGAGAGCACUCUUGUUUUCAGUAAGUCAGUGGCUGAUAAGUAUCUGUCACCAAAUUAUUUGAAAUUAAGUCUUGACUCCGGAAUAUUAACACAAAGUACAGAAAAGACACUAACAAAACAAAUUUCUAAAUGUUCGUUCUCUCACAAAACAGUACAGGAAUUUUUCUGUGCAUUGUACAUUAGCUGUCAAAAUGAAAGUGAUGUCAACGAAAUCUUUCUGAAGGAAUGUAAAAGUGUGCAAAGUAUUCUAGACAUGUCGACAGUGCUAGUUUUCGUCAGUGGAAUGAAUGGAGAAAUCAUUUCUUCAAUAUCUCGUAAUUUCAUGUCAGUGAUCAGUGAAGAUACGAGAACGAGCGAAUACAGAACUACGACUGACUGGGACUGUGAACCUCUGAAAGACAUACAAGACAUGUACAUUUCUUGUAUGAAAGAAAACACGAGCGAUAAGGAACUCAAAAUUUGCUGCCAAGAUUUUUUCUUUAGUGAAGAUUGUAUAGAAGAAAAAUACUUUAAGCAUCUAGCACGGCUCGCAGUACACAAUCAAACAAACAUGGCGUCAAUAAAUAUCGACACAGACAGUGGUCCUAGUUUACGUGAAAUUAUCGAUUCUUGUGCAUUGCACGAACUGUUCCAGAUCAAUAAAAUAUACUACCGGGGUGACCUUGAACAGACGCUACUUCCUGUACUGUUUAACAAGUCGCCGAAAUGUCUCACUGUUAGUUCGCCUGGUUGUCUACUGGUUCUUGGAGCCGUGAAAUGUUGGAAACAUUACAGAAUAAUUCUCUGUUACAAGCAAUUUAUAUCCGCGAUUUCGAGAUGAGCCACGAUGUACUGAAUGAGUUUCUGAAUUAUAUUAUAAACAGAAAAACAAUGACGGAGAUUAGAUUGUGGGACUUACGGUGUGCCGAGCACUGGUGGUCGUGUAGUUACAGUUUAGAUUUUAGUCAGCAUUCAGAUCUAAGGAAGUUAGAAUUGGACUGGAUACCUAAAGUGUCACAAUUGAAAGUUAAUAGUCAAGUGGAACACGUGGAGUUGUCGCAUAUCAAUCUAGGUGAAAUGUCGCUGCCUUCUGGAAUGAGAAAUAUUAAACAUGUUGAGUUGUGGGAGGUAAACAUGUCUGCUUCAACAUUGCGUGAUCUCGUUAAGGUAGUGGAGAAACUUUCACACAAAGUCACAGUAACAAUAGACAAGUGUAAGAUAGAACCGGAAACAGAGUUUGAACACGUUAAACAAUAUAUACGCUCAUCUCAGAAUUUCCGAGUUACGCAGGAUGAUAGGUGGGGGGAGUUUGUGUUUGAAACAAAAGUUGAAAGUUAAGUUACUACAUAAACUCAGACUGAUAGUGUCAAUGUAUAUAAACAUUGUUCAUUCAAAAUGUGUUACUAUAAAUCAUUACACGAUGACAUAUGACAUAUGUGUAACAUGUAUAUACACGUGUGCAUAAUUAGGAAUAGUGACAGUCGCGAGUGAUAAAAUAAACAUUGAUGAAUUCUUGGAGGAAAAAAUGGACGUUCCUGUAACAUGGAUUUAUACUCAAGUUCAGUUUCCAUUUAUACUUAAGAGAAAAGAUUGCUGGUAAUACUUCAAAAUCAAAGAUGAACUUCUGGUUGCUAGGCUACACAUACAGAACCAAAAAUACGUGAUAUGGCAGCUUGUUUCCAGCAGAAGAACAAAAAAAGAAAAUCACCGCUAAAACUUCAUGAGCAAAGAUGCACUUCCGGUGCAUAGGCUGUACACACCAUAACAUACUUGGCAUGACCGCUUCAGUGGCUUGUUUUUGGCAAUUGAACAGGACUACAUGUAAUUGUAUUAUAUCCAAAUAUUUGUGAGAAAAACUGCAUUGAACAAUUAAUUUUCAUUAGCAGAUACAAACCAUACUGUUUUGCUUAAAUUUAUAGGUAAAGAAAUGUCUGGCAUUCACUUGUGUAAACAUAUCACUUUUGAACCCAUUUUUCUACUAAGAAAUGUUAAUAUAAGUAAAGUUUUGUAUGUAAGCUAGUAUUAUGUGAUUAAGGGUUUCAGAUAGUCACGGCCCCUGUCAUAAGUCAACUUUAUUUGAAAAAAAAAGGUUUUAUUUGGCUUCAUUUUGUUGUUAAUUUCUAACAAUGUUUAAGUGUUAUUUCAAGAUAUUUAGUUUAAAAUUGCCUGGAAAUGGCUGUUUUAUGGCAUAUACUCUUGCAAAUGAAUUUUUCUGAGUUUGACAUACUAUAUAUACUUCUAAGGAGUUACAGAUUUUGUAUGGAAUAGUUUAAACAUUAAUUGACAAAAAAUAUAUUGUGAGGCAUGUUUUUAUAUUGUUAUCAAAAUCACGAUUUGUUUGCAUGCAUAGUCUGUAGCACUAUACUACAAAAUUCAGUAUUUUCACAAGGACGUCUUCUAAUAGUCUCUCUGUAGAAAAUAGUUUCAAGAAGACGGCAUUUGUAAUUAUACUAGGAAUAACUUAUUUUUUUUUGGAAAAUCUUGUAAUGUCUGUAGCGGACUUUUAAUAAUUUUUUUUAAAAAACCAUAAUACAGUGAAUCGUUUUGGUUUCAGAUGAUUGUGAAAAAAGUCUUUGAUUAAACGGUAGGAAGAUAAUCAUUUCCUAAGUUCUGAAUUACAGCAAUCAUCAUGUAUAUAUUAUUUUUACAGAUAUAUAAAUAUUUGAUAGAAUAUGGUACAUCUAUGGUCUGUUCGACUGAGGUAAUUUGUAUUAUGCAAAAACUUUUUCGAGUUCUGCCAAUUAUUUUUAUGUUGUUUGCUUGUGAACAUAGGACAUGAUAGUUUACUGCUCUUUUAAUGUUAACAUUGUUACAAGGCGUUGAUGUCCUUCCAUGUCAACACCUUGGUUAAAAAUUUGACGCAUUUACAUACUUGAUGGAUUUGUUUCGAACUUGAGAUAGUUAUUCCACAUCACCUACAUCAUAUGGCUCGUAUACCAUUAUUUAUAUAAUUUCAGUCUAUCUCAAUUAUAACUAAACAGAUUUGAUAUCAUCACAUCAUAUGACACAAGGGACAUAACUCUUGCGCCAAUAUUUCAUAAAUUAUGUCCCCUUUAAAGUUAGCGUAAAGACAAUGUUGUUUUGAUGCUGAAUUUAUUUUCUGGAAUUUCUUAAAUCAUCAUAAUAAAUGAAGCAAUUAAAAAUUGAGAAAGUUAUCAGCAUUUGAAUAUUUGGUCAAAAUGGUGGCCACUUUGUUUGCAGCAAAAACAAAAUGGCGGAUUCAUUAAAUUUCUACACACAUUUUUGAAGUGCAUUUGAUUAUAACUGUAAAAACAGUCUUUAUUUUUAUAUGCCAGAGGGAUGUUUUAUGUGAAUACCCUCAGCAGGCGGGCGGCAUCAAAAGGCAUGUCCACUUUUUAAGUCGAACAGUUUGCAUCCGACCUUUACCAAACUUGCUGACAAUGUUUGUGGGCAUUAUAGUUCGGCCAAGUUCGAUAACCACCCAAAUCGCUCCAGGCACUCUUGGAUUAUGGCCUUUGAUUAACUCGAAAAAAACUGUGAAUUUAGCCUUGUCCGCCAUCUAAGUCAAACAGUUUUCAUCUGAUCUUCACCAAAUUUGAGCAAUCCUUUUUAUACACUUUUUUAUAAAACGGGACAUAUUGAAAUGCCACUGGUGGGCGGGCAUGAGGCAUCCACAAACUUUGUCUGAAAAUUAUUUUCUUCAUGCAUCGAGGGAUUUUAAUGUGAGUUGGUACAAAUGUUAAGAAUCAUGAGACGUAGUGUUAUGUGCAAGAUCAGGUGUAAGGUCAAGGUCACACUUAAAGAUCAAAGGCAAAAUUCAAUAAUGACUUUGUCCGCAGCAUUUCUUCUUCAUGCAAGGAGAGCUAUUGAUGCACUUUGGCACAAUUGUUUACCAUACAGAGAUGGAGUGUCAUGCGUAAGAACCAGGUCCCUAGGCCUUAGAUUAAGGUCACACUUGUAGGUCAAAGGAUACAAGAAUGAUAACUUGUCCGAAGCAUUUCUUUUUCAUGCAUGGAAGAAUUUUUAUGUAACUUGGCCCAAGUUGUGACCCAAUCUUUAUGAACUAUGGGCAGAAUGUUUAUCUUGAUGAUAUCUAGUCCAAGUUCGAAUCUGGGUCAUGUUGGGUCUAAAACUAGGUCAGCAGGCCAGAUAAAAGGAAAAGCUUGUGAACACUCGGCCACAUUUGUGACCCAAUCUUUAUGAAAUUUGGUCAGAAUGCAAGUCUUGAUAAUUUCUAGGUCAAGUUCGAAAUUAGGUCAUGUUGAAUCAAAAACCAGGUCAUUAGGCAAAAUCAAAGGAAAAGCUUGUGAACACUGUAGAUGCCACAUUUAUAGCCCAAUCUUUAUGAAACUCGGUCAGAAUGUUUGUCUUGAUAUGAUUUCUAGGUUAAGUUCAAAACUGGCUCAUGUGGAGUAAAAAGCUAGGUCAGUAGGCCAGAUCAACUCUGGAGAGCAAUAUAUAGGGGCCAUCAUGGCCCCCUUGUUAUUAUAUCUAUUUCAAGAGAAAUUGUAAAGUUUAUUUUUACCUGCGGGUUUGCUUUAUUAGGUAUACAUGUUUUGUAUAGUGUUUGUUUUGACCAUUUUACUUCUCUUGGUUUCGUGCCGAUUGUGAUCCAACCUUGAAAACUCAGCUCGAGCAGAAUACAACCGAAUACAAAAUAUCAGAUCAAGCUGCUAAUGACCAUUUUAUUUUAUAUAUCCAACCUUUUGUUUCUUGUGUUAUCCGACGAAAUCUUCAAUGUACAUUGACGUUAAAAUAAGACUGAGCGAAAAAUUUUAUGCGCUAUGUUUAGCUCACCUGUCACAUAGUGACAAGGUGAGUUUUUGUGAUCACCCUUCAUCCGUCCUUCUGUCAACAAUUUUCUGUCUGAUAGUGGUUUCAUUUAAGAAAUAAUUUAUAGCAAAAGAGUGCUUUAACACUAUGCACGAUGGGCGGUUAUACGUCAGGCGUAAUAAUUUCACAAGGGCCCAGCCGGAUUGAAAUUACUUGAACGAGGUAUUACCACCCGAGUGUAUAAAUAGUGUUAAAGCACGCUUGUGCUAUAAAUUAUUUCGAUUCUAGAAUGUCCUUAAUCUCAAACAUAAGAUAAAAUAUAGAAGCGCUCUUUCUUGGCCGCAACAAAAACUUUGACGUCAUCACACGUUAAUUUGACGUCAUUCUAGCGCAAGAGAGACAAGCAUAUUACAAUAUGAUUUUAUUUUAACAAAACUUGCACACAACUUGUAUCACCAUAAGAUCUUGGUUCCUUUAUUGAACUGGCCAGAUCCCAUUAUGGGUUCUAGAGUUAUGGCCCCUGAAAGGGCCAAAAUUAGCUUUUUUGUCCUUGUCUGCACCAUAGCAGCUUUGUUUAUGAUUUAAGGUUUAGAAGGUUUAUUUUCAGAAAGUGCAAAGGCCACUGGCCCAUACACAAUUUUCUCUGCUUCAAUGCAUAAUGUGCAUACUUUGCCAAGUUUCUUACAACAGUUUUGUUUUCUGGUAGACAUCAAAAUAUUAAACUUGUGUAUAUUUGGAUCCUCGUAGUAUUUUGCUUGCAUAUAUUUUUGUCUAAUAUCAAGAUAGUACAGACAUAUCAAUACAAAGUAGUACUCAUCCUCUAAACUUCUGCCUCACAAAAUACACAUCCUAUGAUUUCUUGGAAUUCCUGUGUCUACACUUUUCUAUCAUUUAUGAUUUGAUUUUUACCAAGCUUGCUCACAACUUGUAUCACCAUAAGAGCUUGAUUCCUUUUUAUACGCCCGUUUGAAAAACAGGACGUAUUAUGGGAACGCCCCUGGAGGGCGGGUAACGGGCGGGCGGCAUCCAAAGACCAUGUCCGGAGCAUAUCUUCUACAUGCAUGGAGGGAUUCUGAUGAAACUUGGCACAGUUGUUCACCAUCAUGAGACGGAGUGUCGUGCGCAAGAACCAGGUCCCUAGGUCUAAGGUCAAGGUCACACUUAGAGGUCAAAGGUCAAAUUCAAGAAUGACUUUGUCUGGAGCAUAUCUUCUUCAUGCAUGGAGGGAUUUUGAUGAAAGUUGGCACAAUUGUUCAUCAUCAUUAGACGGGAGUGUCAUGUGCAAAAACCAGGUCCCUAGGUCUGAGGUCAAGGUCACACUUAGAGGCCAAAGGAUACAAGAAUGAAAAAUUCAAGAAUGACUUUGUCCAGAGCAUAUCUUCUUCAUGCAUGGAAGGAUUUUGAUGUAGCUUGGCACAGUUGUUCACCAUAAUGAGUUGGAGUGUCAUGCGCAAGAACCAGGUCCCUAGGUCUAAGGUCAAGGUCACACUUACAGGUCAAAGGAUACAAGAAUGAAAACUUUGUCCGGAGCAUAUCUUCUUCAUGCACGAAAGGACUUUGAUGUAGCUUGGCACAAUUGUUCACCAUCAUGAGACGGAGUGUCAGGCGCAAGAGCCAUGUCCUUAGGGGUAAGGUCAAGGUCACACUUAGAGGUCAAAGAUUCAAGAAUGAAAACUUUGUCCGGAGCAUUUCUUCUUCAUGCAUUGAGUGAUUUUGAUACAACUUGGCACAGUUGUUCACCAUCAUGAGACGGAGUGUCAUGCGCAGGAACCAGGUCCCUAGGUCUAAGGUCAAGGUCACACUUACAGGCUAAAAGUCAGAUACAAGAAUGACUUGUCUGGUGCAUUUCUACUUCAUGUAUGGAGGGAUUUUAAUGUAACUUGGCACAAUUGUACACCAUCUCGAGACGGAGUGUCAUGCACUGGUCACUUCUUUUGAAUUACUUCCCUUUACUGUUACUAUAAUUAGCUUAUAUUCUAACUUUUUCAUUACAUGUCGUAGGGAAAAAUCGAGACAACUUUUCUGUAGUACAACAUGCAUGUUACAUCCAACUCUGAGGUGUAUUUUGAGCUAUCUCUACCUGGAAAGGAUUUUUGUGUAGACUUGUAAUUUUAUUUUAUUUUUUUUCUCUUUAAAGAUUAACUUCCCUUAGUUGUUACUAUAAAUAACUUACAUUGUAAUUUUUUUAUAACUGACCGUAGGGAAAAACCCAGACCACUUUUCUGUGAUACAACAUUGAUGUUACUUACAAAUUUUGGGUGUAUUUUAAGGUAUCUUAACCUGGUAAUGAUUUUUUUUUGUGGACUUAGAAAAAUAAAAGAAUAACAGUAAUUUCUAAAAAAAAAACAAAAAAAAAACAUUGUAAACAACUAGAAAAUUAAAAUUCCAUUUGCAAAUACAGGUGCUAAUGUAAAGAAAUUUGCUGUGACAGGCGUAUAAUGUGACAUUCUGGCACUCUUGUUUGAACUGGCUAAAUUCCAUAAUGGAUUCCAGAGUUAUGGUCCCUAGCAGCUUCAUUUAUGAUCUGACUUUGAUCAGACUUGCACAAAACUUGUGUCACCAUAAGAUUUUGGUUCCUUUCUUGAACCGGCCAGAUUCCAUGAUGGGUUCCAGAGUUAUGGUCCCUGAAAUGACCAGAAUUACCUAAUUUGACCUUGUCUCCACAAUAGCAGCUUCAUUUAUGGUUUUAACCAAACUUGCACACAACUGUAUCACCAUAAGAUCUCGAUUUCUUUCUUAUACGCCCGAAUGGAUGUUUUAUGUUAUCACCUCGGUAUCCGUCUGUCUGUCUGUCGGUUGGUUUGCAAUUUGCUCUGUAACUCUUGAACCCCUUGAAGGACUUCAAAAUAACCUGAAACUAAUGUUCACCUCAUUAAAACGACGUGCAGAGCACAUGUCUCGGAUAGCUCACUUCAAGGUCAAGGUCACACUUAGGGGUCAAAGGUCAUAUGACUUUGUUUUGUGAGUAAAUUGCUCUGCAUUUGCGUUGCAUUGCAGUGCUCUGGUUUUAUUUGGCAGAUCCUUUUUUUGUUCACUUACAAUGUUUUUUUAGCUCACGGUUACAUGCGGUCCAAAACUAGGUCAGUAGGUCUAAAAAUAGAGAAACCUUGUAACCUCUCUAGAGGCCAUAUUUUUCAAUGGAUCUUCAUGAAAAUUGGUCAGAAUGUUUACCUUGAUGAUAUCUAUGUCAGGUUUGAAACUGGGUCACGUGCGAUAAAAAACUAGUGUCGGUAGGUCAAAUAAUAAAAAACCUUGUGACCUCUCUAGAGGCCAUAUUUUUCAUUAGAUCUGUAUGAAAAUUGGUCAGAAUGUUUAUCUUGAUGAUAUCUAGCUCAAGUUUGAAACUGGGUCACAUGCUUCAGAAACUAGGUCAAUAGGUCAAAUAAUAGAAAAACCUUGUGACCUCUGUAGAGGGCCGUAUUUUUCGUAGGAUUUGUAUGAAAAUUGGUCAAAAUGUUCAUCUUGAUGAUAUCUAGAUCAAGUUUGAAAUUGGGUCAACUGUGGUCAAAAACUAGGUCAGUAGGUCAAAUAAUAGAAAAACCUUGUGAACUCUCUAGAGGUCAUAUUUUUAUGGGAUCUGCAUGAAAACUGGUCAGAAUGUUCAUCUUGAUGAUAUCUAGGUCAGGUUUGAAACUAGGUCAGUAGGUCAAAUAAUAGAAAAUCUUUGUGACCUCUGUAGAGGCCAUAUUUUUCAUGGGAUCUGCAUGAAAAUUGGUCAGAAUGUUCAACUUUAUGAUAUCUAGGUCAAGUUUGAAACUGGGUCACGUCCGGUUCAAAACUAGGUCAGUAGGUCAAAUAAUAGAAAAUCUUUGUGACCUCUGUAGAGGCCAUAUUUUUCAUGGUAUGCAUGAAAAUUGGUCAGAAUGUUCGUCUUUAUGAUAUCUAGGUCAAGUUCGAAACUGGGUCAACUGCGUUUCAAAACUAGGUCGGUAGGUCUAAAAAUAGAAAAUCCUUGUGACCUCCCUAGAGGCCAUAUUUUUCAAUGGAUCUUCAUGAAAAUUGGUCAGAAUGUUCAACUUGGUGGUAUUUAAGUCAAGUUUGAAACUGGGUCAACUGCGGUCCAAAACUAGGUCAUUAGGUCAAAUAAUAGAAAAACCUUGUGACCUCUCUAGAGGUCAUAUUUUUCAUGGGAUCUGCAUGAAAAUUGGUCAGAAUGUUCAUCUUGAUGAUAUCUGUGUCAAGUUUGAAACUAGGUCACGUGCGGUCAAAAACUGGUCUGUAGGUCAAAUAAUAGAAAAACCUUGUGACCUCCGUAGGGGCCAUAUUUUACAUGGGACCUGCAUGAAAAUUUGUGAGAAUGUCAUCUUGAUAAUAUCUAGGUCAAGUUUGGAACUGGGUCCGAUGCAGUCAAAAACUAGGUCAGUAGGUCAAAUAAUAGAAAAACCUUGUGACCACUCUAAAGGCCAUAUUUUUCAUGGGAUCUGUAUGAAAGUUGGUCUAAGCAUAGAAAACCUUAUGUCCUCUCUAGAGGCCAUAUUUUUCAAUGGAUCUUCAUGAAAGUUGAUGAAAAUGUUCACCUUGAUGAUAUCUAGGUCAAGUGUGAAACUGGGUCACGUGCAGUCAAAAACUAGGUCAGUAGGUCUGAAAAUAGAAAAACAUUGUGACCUCUCUGGAGGCCAUAUCUUUCAUGAGAUCUUCAUGAAAAUUGGUGAGAAUGUUCACCUUGAUGAUAUCUAGAUCAAGUACAAAACUGGGUCACAUGCCUUCAAAAACUAGGUCAUUAUAUCAAAUAAUAGAAAAACCUUGUGACCUCUCUAGAGGACAUAUUUUUCAAUGGAUCUUCAUGAAAAUGGUCAGAAUAAACAACGUCAUACUCAGUUCAUGUGGGGACAGGUGAGCGAUUCAGGACCAUCAUGGUCCUCUUGUUUUAUUCACUUUCCUUUUAUGUUACUAUAAAUAGCUUAUUUAGUACCUUUUUAGCUCACCUGUCAGGAAGUGACAAGGUGAGCUAUUGUGACCACUUGAUGUCCGUCGUGCGUCGUCCGUCAACAGUUUCUAAAAAAAAUUCUUCUUGAAAACCACUGGGCAGAAUUACAUUAAACUUCACCGGAAUGAUCCUAUGAUGCCCCCAUUUCAAACUUAUUCAAAGAAUUGAAUUCCAUGCAGAACUCUGGUUGCCAUGGUCACUGAAACGGAGAACUUGAAAAAAAUCUUGUCUAAAACCACAGGGCCUAGGGCUUUGAUAUCUGGUAUGUAGCAUCAUCUAAUGGUCUUCUACCAAAAUCGUUCAAAUUAUCCCCCUAGGGUCAAAUAUGGCCCCGCCCCAGGGGUCCCAAGUUUUACAUAGACUUAUGUAGGAAAAAAAGUAAAAAUCUUCUUGUCUGAAACCACAACACUUAGACCUUUGAUAUUUGGUUUGUAGCAUUGUUUUAUGGUCCAUUGUUCAAAUUGUACCCCUUGGGUGAAAAGAGGCCCUGGGGAUCCCAAGUUGUAUAUAGACUUGUAUAGGAAAAACUUUAAAAAUCUUGUCUAAAACAAUACGACCUAGGCUUUUGAUAUUUGUCUAGUAGUCCUCUACCAAAAUUAUUCAAAUUAUGCCCCUGGGGUUAAAAGCGGCCCCACCCUGGGGUCACUUAGUUAUCAUGUGAGUUACAUAGGAAAAAUACUUAAAAAUCAUCUGAUCCUAUUUCCAAGACCGUUUAAUUAUAAUUACCUGAUGUCCCCAAGUAAUAUGAUGUCACUUGGCUGUCACCUUAACCUACUUUCUUGUUUUUUAAGAUACAGCCUUGAAAUUUUGAUGAAAUACACAGUUUUGCACACAAAUUGUAAAACUGAAUUCCAUUGACCAUGAAUGGGACCUACUGACUUCCUUAAUAUUUUAUCAUCAGUUUGACUUUUGAAACAUGUAGCUCAGAUUACUCAAGUGAGCGAUCCAGGGUCAUCAUGACCCUCUUGUUUAUUAAUUGGCCGUAGGGAAAAAGCCAGGCCACUUUUCUGUGGUACAACAUCGAUGGUACCUCCAAUUUUAGGUGUAUUUUGACAUUUCUGUACCUUGUAAAAUAAUUUUUUCUUUCUUUUUGGUUAAAUUUUUUCCCUUUGAUCUUCCUGUCCUUUGGACUUCAUGUAUGAAAUUACUGGCCUGAUUUGAAAAUGAUUUUAUUUGAAGUAACUCUAAGAAAAUUUUACCUCUAUGUUCUCAUGAGUCUUUUGAUUGAUCUUAUGAUUUUUUGACCUUCUUGUCUGUAAAUGCAAUGAUAACAGGUGAGCGAUACAGGGCCAUAAUGGCCCUCUUGUUUAUCAACUGUCAGAUCAUGCAUGUUAAAUGAAAGUACUGCGGCAACAUAAAAUACUAAAGGUACAAUACAGAAUUUUUUUCUGGCUGUUUAUAUUUACUUGUGAAAUACAAGCGAUAUAUUUGACAGAAUUAUUAUAGGUAAAUAAUAAAAAAGUUAUAUAAUUUCAUACGUUCUGUUGUAUAUACUGUAAUAAAAGAUUGUCGUCUUAUGUAUAUUGCUUUUUUAACGAUAAAAAUUGUAUUUGCUUUGUCUAUGUUAAUGAUGGAAAUGUUUCCAAAUAAGUGUAGUUUCAGUAGUUGUUACUGGACGAGUUAAGUUGAAUGACAGCAUUAGAGCACUUCGCAAACAUAAUACUGUUUAAUCAACGAGUUCUAUAACUAAAUGCAUUUUAAUCGAAAGAAAUUUAAGAACUCUUUUAUCAUAUUAAAGUUAGAAAAUACGAUCUACUUUGACUCCAGUUAUCCAGGUACUAUAAACAAUGAAGACAUGAAGUAUAAUUUGGCUACCCAGCCUGAGCCUACAGAUAGUGCAAGUAUUGACCAAUCUGACAAAAAAAACAAAAAAAAACAUGAUUAUGAUAAACUGAAAUCUUUCAGUUUGUCGAUAGUGUACAAAUUGGUUUUAUCUCAUAAUUGUGAUAUUUGCACGGCUGUGCAAAAUUAGUUUCAUGACAAAUAUUAUAGUACAUGAAAUAUAUGUCCAUACUUGAAUAUUCUGUUUCAUAUUUUAUAUAAUUAAUCUUUUUAAUGCAUGAAGUAGUGUAGGUUCUCAUUUUGACACAUAUUUUGAUAAAUGAUAAAUCAAAAUUGUGUGAGUAAUGGAUUAAAAUUGCAUAGAUAUAUGAAAUUUAUUAAAUAUGUCACUGA